AUGAGCAAGAAAUCGUUGGCCGCCGUUGGAACGCCACUGGAUGAGCUGAAGGAGAACCAGACCAUCGCCAAGGUCGCCCAGGCCAAGGGCAGCAACAUAUACGAGGUGACUCUGCCUCAAGACUUCUACAAGAGCCACGGGUUCAAGAGCCCAGAGGUCCAGGUUGAGAUGCCACCCAAGUUCAGACAGACCGUGUGGGUCAAGCGGGGUGGCUUUGUUGUUGUUGACGUGACUCCCGAUGACAAGAUUGCCGGUGAUAUCAUCGAGAUCGUGGUGGACGAUCGCACAUGGCGAAAAAUGCCCUACUGGCCCGCCGAGUUCAAGAAGGUCGGUGGAUGGCAGCAGGAUUCCGACGAGGAGGAGGCCGAUCCCUUUGCUCUUCCUGACGACGAGUCUGAUGAGGAGGAAUACGAGGAGGAGCAGAGUUAG